AUGUCUAUAAAAUCAUUCAAUGGCAAUGCCAUUAGGGAUUUCUUUAGUGAAUGUCAAGUUGACAGAUUCUAUUUAUUGUUGAAGUUGCCAUCCAGACCUAAUAAAAAAGCAUUAAAUAUUGGCGAGCACCUACUGUAUUUGAACAGGUUUGAAGGUGAUCUAAGUUUAGAUGGUUAUUACGAAGAUUUAACACCUAGAGCUCUUCUCUCAACUGGUAAUUGUUUCAAUUUCAAAAGACGUCUUUGGGCAGGUGGUUCUAUCAACCAUUACAAACCGUUAGAAUUCAACAAACAUUAUAUAUGUCAAGAGAAUAUAAGGUAUGUUAAAGAAGUAAAGGGAACACAAUACGUUGGAAUUGAGAGAAUAAUCUUUGAAACUUCUAAACUUAAUGGUGUUACAAAGAUCUCUGAUGAAAUCAGUUUAAAAGAGAUGAGAAUCUUGGCUUAUACCAAUUCCGGUACAACAAUCAAUGAACCUAAUAGUGAGGAAACCAUAGGAACCACAGUAGUUGGAGAGUUCACAUUUAAUCUAAUGGAUAUCAUAAGAUACAGUCAACUGACUUUGAAUCCUCACAGAAUUCAUUGGGAUAAAGAGUAUUCGAAAUCAAUCGAAGGUUACAAUGACAUAAUUGCUCAAGGUCCAUUUAUUAUACAAAUAUUAGCCCACAACCUCAACAAAAUUGUGAAUAACACUACAAUCACUGACUUGAAAUACAAGAAUAUCAACCCUAUCUAUCCAGAUACAUCAGUUACUAUAUUGAUGAAACAGGAUGGCAACAAAUUAAGGUUAAUUAUGGCAAACAAUUCGAUUAUGUUUGCGGAAUUAAUAGCUACAUGUAACAAAUAA